AUGAAACGACAACUUCAUUCAUCGUCACCUCCGUCAUCACCAUUAUCAAAUUCACAAAUCUCAGAUGAAUUUGAGCCAGUACCAAAACGUGCUCGUAUUUUUAUUUCUUCACCAACACCACCACCAGAUAACGACAAUCAAAUAGUAAUAGAUGAUGAAGAUGAAGAAAUAAUUAUCGAUGAACCAAUUUUUUCAGCAGUGACUAUUGAUGAAGACAGCCAAACUGAACAUGAUACUGAUGAUGAUGAUAUUAUUGAAAUUGAACAACAAAAUUCUAAUUAUUAUGUUUCACAAACUGAUAGUUCAAUUGUUAUUGUUUCGGAUUCCGAUUCAGAUGAUGAUCAGGGAAUUGAUGUAACUGAUGAUAUACCUCCAUCAGUAUCCUCUAUAAGUAAUACAUCCAUAUCUUCAUCUGAUAUUGAAGAUGUGGAAAUUGUUCAAGAAGAAAUUGAUGAAGAACCUGCAAUAAUAGACGAGGAUAUUGAACAACAAUUAAUUAAUGACGAUGAUUAUGAAACUCUUGAAAUUCUUACUAAUGAUGAUGAUAAUAAUAACAAUAAUGAUGAAUUAAUUGAUUUAACAGAAGAUGAACUUAUUUCAAUAUCUUGUUCACAUAAUUCAUUCGAACGGAAAUUAUCUAUUGAUGUACAACAAUGUCCAAUUUGUCUUGAAACACUUACUCAUUUACAACAUACAGGUGUUUAUUUAAUAAUAACACAAUGUCGUCAUGUUAUGUGCACAUUGUGUACUCGUCAAUUAUUAGCAACAUCAUCUCGAUGUCCUUUAUGUCGAGAGAAUGUAAACUCAACAACACUUAUGCCAUAUUGUAUUCUGACUUGA